GGUGCGUCUACGAAACUCGUCAUCACGCCGUUCCUGUGCGUAGAGAAGUUUCAGCGCAAUUCUGCACAUACCAUACCCGAGUGCGCUUCUUGGUCUCCUAACGUUCGGGAGACAUACACAAACAUACAAACGUAUAUAUGCUGCCGCACCACGUCAGAACAAUAACUGUGCAUCACUAAACAAACUAAAACUCCCAGAAAGAGAGACGAAAGGGCACACACUCGAAGAAAUAUUGUUUUAAGCAAAGAUGUCGUCUCCGUCCAUGUUUGCACAUCUUCCAGAUGCAGUGGUGCGCGCCAUCCGAAAGGCAAGUAAGCCUUUCCUCUCGCUGCAAUCCUCUCGCUACGCCUCCGCAGGCACGAGCAACACAGAAGUGGAUACCUUGUCAUUAGUGAUGCGUACAAAGACGUUACUGCCGCAGAAGGCGAGCGGUCAGUUCGAUGCACGUGACGUGCUGCCAAGUACGUGGUCCGAGGUCUACCGCAGCGCGGUCGAGGAACUGCCAGAUGCGCAAUCGAAGCGCUUGUGGGGUUUCGUUUCAACGGUGUUGACGGUGCAUGAGCAGGGCGGAACGUCAGACAGCGUGAACGCCAGUGCGGCCAUCGUCGAAUGGAAUGACCGUUUCAGCUCGCGGCUGGACGACGUGGAGGAAGUGGUGGCAUACCUGUAUCGCACGAGCCCACUUCACCUAGACGACGCGGAGGUGGAGGACAUCGGCUCAGGCGUUCUCGGCCGCAUCGAGGACGCGUUUUUGACCGGUCACUUCGAGGCUGCCGCGACUUUGAUGGACGCCCUGCUCACAUUUCUGCGUCGCGGUCAGUCGUCGCUGCUGUCAGCCGAGGUGGAGACCGCGCUGGCGGAUGUCCGGCGCAUCCUGGACACCGCCUUCCACGACAGCGACUCGCAUCAGAACGUGUGGGUGCGCAGUGCCAACGCGCAGCUGCAGGAAUCGCGCAACACGCUUAUGAAUCCGUCUGGUGGCCCCAGCAGCGGCAAUCGCAGCGCCGUCGACGCGCUGGUGGAGGACCUGUGUGCGACCUGCGUGGACGUGUUGAUCCUCAUCACGAAGGACGCAACGCGGUUGGUGGAGCGGUGCCGCGAGUCGAGGCGGUCCGCCGUGGACUUUCUGGUGGCGAUAUGCGCGAUUAUGGAGCCGUACGCGACGCUGUCUCGUGUGGCCGCGAUCUACGCCGAGUACGUUGGGGAGUGGGACAACUAUGAUAAUGACGACGAUCGCAGUUAUAAUGAUAGUGAAGAGGAUGAGCGCUGGUACUGUGCGGCCGUCCAGGCUGUGUUGGAAGUAGAGUCUCUGACAGGUAUGGUGGACGCCAUGGAGAGAGUGGCGCAGAUUUCAUUCAACGCCUCUCUUCAGGGCGGGGAAAGGGAGGCGAUGCUGCCGGCGCCAUCAGCCAGCGGCAGAGGAACAGGAGCAGCGGGGACUCAGGGCGGUAGUCGACCUGUUUACAACAGCGGCGGCCGCCGCAGCGACGGUGACGAUGACGUUUACGACGAUGACUCGGCGAGUGACACCGUCAGCGUGAGUGAGGUGGCCGCCGCCGCCACCACUGCCGCGUCUCUGACACCUUUUCAAGCGCGUCACUUUACGGUGGUCUGCAUGGCCGCGCACAUCGCGGACCUCUGCGCGCCUGCCAUCGUCGCCUCUUUUGCCGCUGACAUCCACCUCACCUUCACUCGCAACAACCUUGUCUCGGCCUACGCGGAACUCUUCGCCUUCCACCCCCGCACGUGGCGUGUGGCCGGUCUCUACGCGUGCUACUCCCCUCUCAUCAACCCCCGCUUUUUGGUAGACAUUGUGGAGACGGUGGCGCCGUCUGCGGCGGUGGACGAGGUAACGUAUCGCAGCUUGCAUGCCUUCUUCCUCGGCAGCUGGAGCACGCACAGCGAUCACCAAGCAGCGGUGCGCGCGAAGCUGGAGGCGGUGCUGCCGGGGAACGCGACGGUCAGCAAGUGGUGGGCGGCGGUGGACUUCUGCUACACAGAGGCCUUCCGCAAGGUUCACCGCUACAUCAUCGUGACGCUGCUAAAUCACAAGAGGUGGUCGCAGGCGGCGUGGUUGGCGGUAGAGACGGGCCUGACCGAAACCCUUCACUCCCACCUGCAGCAGAUCAUGACGAGCUCCGACGCCCUCGUUAGCGAGGAGCUCUACGCGGUUGGGUGCGCUGUGCAACGAGCGUUUGUCUCCGUCGACUGCUGCCCCUCCGCGGAGCUCACCCGCUACUUGUGCGCAGCUGCAGCCUUAGCUGCGUAUCGCCAGGCGGCCACGACGGUCAACGCCGCACUGGAGAGUGUGGCGCCCGCACAGGUCGGCACAUCGGUGACCGCGACGCCCUCGGUAGAUGUCGUGGUGAAGGCUGUGGUGGUGUGUUUGCAGGCUAUUGAGGCGGCACUGAAGACGACCGACGAGUGCGCAUCCAUGCUGCACCCGGCCACCACGUUUACCUUGGUGGAGCACGGGGCAUCGCUGCUGCUGUCGCUGCGGCAGCUCAUGCGUGACCCCGUCACAGGGGACUCAACGGGCUCGAUGCACGUGUCCAGCUGCGUGCUGCCGCUCUUGGUGGAGGCCUACCAGCUCUCGAGCAUUCAUUUUGGUAGUUGCGCUGACCCUGCGUGGGAGAAGCGUGGCGUGGCGCUAGGCGAAAAGCUGGCCAACGUUCAUCAAACGUGCAUCUGA